UGCAACCCAAUCGCCGCUUGAGGUCGCCGGUUCCCACCACCGAGACGAAGCUGAGAAGCCGAUACGUGGCAAUAUCCCAUUCGUUCCUUUGUGUAUUUUUCUGCUCGGUCUACUUCUUGGAGAAGUUUGCGGCCGACUCCGGCAGCCGACAACUAUUUCUACACUUUUCCCCGCUCCGUUUCGUCAUCUCCUUCCUUAAAGUCUCCCUUCCAAGCUAAAAAGAAUCGAAGAUUCUGUCUCUGUUCUUUUACCCGUUCUUCUGAGAUCUUGCCGCUGCCGAUCGAAAGAAAUUGGUUGAAUUUCGAACAAUCUGAACCAGUCUCGCUUUUUUUUCUUUUUUUUUUGGUUAAAAGAAUCGUUUUCUUGCACUUUUUCGGUGAGAAUUCUUCGAGGAAGCCUUCAAGGAAGUAAGGCGCCCGACUCUCUAGUUUGAUGCGUGAACAAAAAUUGCGAUAAUUCCUAGAGAAAAAGGGGAGGCCUUUUCUGUUUCAGGGAUUUUGCAGAGAAAUCUCAAAGAACGAAGGCUUCUUUCUUGGCUGUGUUAAGUCUCCCGAGAUUUUCUUGCUCCGGAUCCCAAGAAAUUGAGCGAACUACAAACAUUUCGAACCAAUCUCGUCGUUUUUGUUGAAGUUUAAACCAAAAAAAGAAAAUCCGGUUUUCUCAGUUUUUCUGGUAAAAAUCUCCAAGAAAAUCAGUUUCUUGGCCGUCGGGAAAGCAGGUCUUUUCAGGGAUCUUCUUGGCCGAGGUUCUUCUCUUUUCCAAUACCAAGAUGGUGACCGUUGAGAUCGAGGAAGCGAUGAACGGCAAGGAGGCGGUGAUCCCGAAGGAGGCGCGGGGGAUCUUGCACGGCCUGGCCUCGAGCUGGGGCGACGUGGUGGACUCCAAGGUCUUGGAGGUGGUGCCGCUCAAGGGGGCCAUGACGAACGAGGUGUUCCAGAUCAAAUGGCCCACGACGGAGGAGAGCAAAGGGGCGAAGGCGAGGAAGGUCCUGCUCCGGAUCUAUGGGGAAGGGGUCGAGGCCUUCUUCGAUCGGGAGGACGAAGUCCGGACGUUCGAGUGCAUGUCCAGGCACGGCCAGGGGCCCCGCCUGCUCGGCCGCUUCUCCAAUGGCCGGGUCGAGGAGUUCAUCCAUGCUAGGACACUUUCAGCUGCUGAUCUGCAUGACCCAGAAAUAUCUGCUCUGAUAGCAUCGAAACUGAGGGAGUUUCAUGAUCUCGAUAUGCCUGGCCUAAAACAUGCACUCCUCUGGGACAGACUAAGAAAUUGGCUUAAAGCAGCCAAGAGUCUCUGCUCUGCUGAAGAAGCUGAAGAAUUUUGCUUGGAUACUUUAGAAGAGGAGAUCACUACUUUGGAGAAAGAAAUUACACAAGACGGACAGAAGACAGGGUUUUGUCAUAAUGAUCUUCAGUAUGGAAACAUUAUGAUCGAUGAAGAGACCAGGCUAGUGACUAUAAUAGACUAUGAGUAUGCAAGCUUCAACCCCAUUGCAUAUGACCUUGCUAAUCACUUCUGUGAGAUGGCUGCUGACUACCAUACAGAAACACCUCAUGUAUUGGACUACAAUAAAUAUCCAGAUCUUGAGGAACGCAAAAGAUUCAUCAAGAUAUACCUGAGUUCUUCAGGCGAGAAUGCUGACGAUGCGGAGGUUGAUGAUCUACUCCAAAGUGUCGAAAAGUAUGCUCUCGCAAGUCAUCUGAUUUGGGGUCUGUGGGGAAUAAUUUCGGAGCAUGUGAAUGAAAUCGACUUCGAUUAUAUGGAGUACGCAAAGCAGAGGUUUCAGCAGUAUUGGUUGCGAAAGCCCAUUACUUUGGGUUCUGGCAUUAAUCAAUGAACUUUGGGUGAUGAAGAAGGAAUGCUUCAGGAGUCUGUAUAGUAAUGUCGACUUUUACAGCCUUUUGUAUUAUACCGACUCCAGUAUUUAAAUGUGUACAUAAUAAUAAUACAGCUGUAUAACAGUGUUGUAAAAGUAGCUGCUGUUAAUUUGAAUAAAUACUGUCCUGGUUUUCUAUUUCAAUGUUAUGUGGGUUAUCUGCUGUAUUCCUUUUUUCCUUCUGAAUGCAAGAACGAAAAUGAAAGCAUCUUUAUA